GUUGCCGUCACAGACUAUGCAUCCGACUGACUGACAGCGGGAAUGGCAAACCUUGGGCCUUUUCGGUAUUUCUAUUUAGAUGCGAGCAUUGACCAAUUUUGAGAUAUUACGAGACAUGAGUCAUAAAGGCGGGAAGAGCAGAACCAGCUGACACUCGAGUGCCAUAAUGACGUCGGAGCCACUGUCGGAUGGUGGCAGUCCGGCGUUGCUUCAUCGUCCUCUACUCACCCCGCAUUUCGUCCUACGCUCAGCCACCCUUGAGCGCGACUCUGAGACUCACAACACCGGGAAACCCGCUACUGGUGUUACAUCGUACUACGCGACUACCUCCGUGCGUUUUCAAACAUUCGACAUGGUGGAUCAAAAGUCACUCAGGUACAUCGGUGACAGCGUUGACGACGCUGCCGCCGGCGGCUGUGUCCAAGGAGGUGGUGGUGCACGCCUGACAGCCCCGAGAAUGUCAUUAUUGGGCCGGCCGAUUAACUACAGGGCGACACGCAGGGACGCCCGAUACCGGAGGCUACAAACAAACUUCUAUAAUUUUCUUGAACGGCCCAGGGGCAUCUACGCCAUCACCUACCACAUGAUCGUAUUCUGUAUGGUCUUCAUGUGUCUGGUGUUAUCGGUCUUUAGUACAAUAGACGAGUACGAAAAGGAGGCUGGUAUGUGGCUCUAUUACAUGGAGCUAGUCGUGGUAAUUUGGUUCGGGAUGGAAUUCUGUCUCAGAUUGUGGUCAUCUGGAUGUCGCUCUCGCUACCAGACGGCCAUCGGCCGCCUGAAAUUCCUCCGUAGGCCGUUUUGUAUCAUAGACAUGAUAACUAUUCUGGCUAGUGUAGUCGUCCUUGCAAUGCGAAGUAGUGGCCAAGUAUUUGCGGCUAGUGCCCUUCGGGGCCUCAGGUUCUUCCAGAUACUGCGGAUGGUCCGUAUGGAUCGUCGUGGAGGCACCUGGAAACUGCUGGGAAGUGUCGUGUAUGCUCACCGUCAAGAACUCAUUACGACCCUCUACAUCGGCUUCCUUGGUCUAAUAUUCGCAAGCUUCUUGGUGUAUCUCGCCGAGAGGGACGACGAGCACUUCAACAACUACGCGAAGGCUCUUUGGUGGGGAGUGAUUACCCUGUGCACCGUUGGCUACGGCGAUGCUGUACCAAAAACUUGGCAAGGAAAAAUUAUUGCCUCCUUCUGCGCACUCCUGGGAAUAUCCUUCUUCGCAUUGCCCGCGGGGAUUCUGGGCUCGGGAUUUGCGUUGAAAGUUCAGCAGCAGCAGAGACAGAAACACAUGAUUAGGAGGCGACAGCCUGCUGCUACAUUGAUUCAGGCACUGUGGAGAUGUUAUGCCGCUGAUGAACACAGUAUGAGCAUUGCCACAUGGAAAAUUCAUCAAGUUCCGCUUUCCAGUCCACCUAGUAGUCGUCUGUCUUCCAGUUUUAAGCACAAUGCCUCAUUCGUCAGUCGUUUACCGACAAUUCGUCGCCACAAGAGCACAUCCCUUCACAGUCCAGGUGGACACAAGCUGUCACAUAAUUACCAGCGCCCGCCGCCCCGUGUUUUUACUGAUCUCAUAUCAUCAGCUGAGAAUCUAGGUCUGUUAAUGUCGACAGGAGUCGGGAAUCAUCACCACGGAAUCUGCAAUGAUCCGAAUGAAUCGCAGUUAACCACAAAAAAUCUCAACGCGAGUUACUCCGAGGACUCGGUGACCGAGACAGCAUUCUCGAAGAAAAAUUCAGACGACGAGGAGGAGGAGCCAUCGCGUUGCAUUCACCUCACCAAGAAGCACAAGACAGCUAUUCGUGCGAUAAGAAAGAUGAAGUACUUCGUGGCGCGACGCAAGUUCAAAGAGGCUCUGAAGCCAUAUGACGUUAAAGAUGUGAUUGAGCAGUACAGCGCAGGCCACGUCGAUCUCAUCAGUCGCGUGAAGAGUAUUCAAAAUAGAUUAGAUCAAAUACUCGGGAGGCAGGGCUCAAAAGCACGGGACGUUUACGUGUCAAAGAUCAGUCUGGCUUCCAGAGUAGUUAAAGUAGAGCGACAGGUCGACGAUAUUGAGACUAAAUUGGACCAACUAAUUGAAUUAUAUAUGGAGGAUCGAAAGCGACUUUUGUCGCUACCAAUGGCUGAAUCCUACAAGGUGCCUCACCCACCCAUCACUUGUCCGGAAGAAACUACCACAAUUACAACUGUAUUGAAGCCAAUACUGGUGGACAAGCAGUUGUCCGAGCCAAGUUCACCAACGUCGAAGACCCAGCGUGAAAUGAAACCCCAGAAACCACGGCAGAUUCAUCGGGGAUACUCGGAUUUAGGGAGCAGAGUCAAAAAACGUGUCACUCUAAGCUCAAUAGCCCCACCACACCUGUUUCAUCUGGAUGAAUCCUCAGCGAUGAGACCGGCGACCGCAUAUUCGGCUGGCUCACCAUCGCCCAGGGACGAUGGGGUCGUUAUCAUUGUGCCUACUCUAUCCGAAACAAGAAAAGAGGCAAUUUCAACGUUACGACCCUCCACCGUCAACGGACGAUACGAUAAAUCCACGGUAACCGUGGAGUGUGAUCCAGGGCGUUCAACGGGCGAUGACUACAAUACCGAGAACGAGGGCGAGGACACGUCAUGCGAAAGGGCAGCCCUGCUUGGCGCCUCCGAAUCUACGCUACCAAUAUCACCAAGCUCCAUUGAUCCUGGGGGUAGCAUAGAUCAGCCAUGAACGAAAACAAGAUGGAAAUUGCUUUCGUCGCGAUAUAGUCAAUAUAUUUUUGCUAAUAAAUUAGCAAUUUGCUUCCGAAUGGAAUU